ACCUCCCCUUUGCGCUCUAGCUCUUCACUUCACAGGCAGGCGUCACCAUCCCUGCGCCCACUCCCCGUUGCGCCAGGAUGCUGUGCUGCAAGCUGUGCAGAGUGCCCUCCAGAGGCGACAGCAGCGUGAGCAGGAAUUGCAAUUGCAGCUGGAGUCCGCCCGGGACAUGCUGGGGGCCGUCAGGAAGCAACUGUCCGAUUGCCAGCAGGAGGUGCAGGUGGCAGAGCAGCAGCUGCAGGAGCAGAGGCAGGAGCGUGAGGAGCUGGCCAGAGCCCUACAGGAUUGCAGGCGGGACUUGCAGCACUGUAAAUCCUCAGUGGAGAUUCUGAGCAGGGAGAAGGAGACCAGAGAGGCCGCAGUGGGAAGUCUGAGCGAGCAGGUGGACUCCUCCCGUCUGGAGGUGGAAAGGCUGAGGACACGCACCAUGGAGCUGCAGAGGCAGCAAAGCCUCCUGGAGGAGCAGAAGGAGGAGCUGGCAAAGGAGCGGGAGAGAGUGCGAAAGGAGCUGGAGCAAGGGCAGAGGUCCCUGGAGCAAUUAGAAGAGAAGACCUCAGCCUUGAAGAAGGAGCUGGUGGUGGUAAAGGAGUCCUUGAACCAGGCCGUCCUGGAGAAGGACGUGCUGGAGAAUGAGAAGGAAUGUGUAAGCUGUGCUCUGUCUAAAGCCAAGACCAAGAGUGCUGAGCUAGAACUAGCCAUAAACAAACUGAGAUCAGAGGACUCCGAGCUGAGAGACUCACUGGCCAAGAUGGGGGCUCUGACUGAAGGUCUUGCCCAGGACAAGGUCAACCUCAACCGCCUUCUCCUGCAGCUGGAAGAGGAGAAGAGCUCGCUGCUGGAGCAGAGGCGGGAGCUGGAGCAGGAGCGAGCUGGCCUGCGAGAGCAGUUGGCACACCUGGAGCAGGAGCUGGCAUGGAUGAGCGCGGCCAGGCGGGAGCUGGAGCAGAGCUGCCAGGCAGCAGAGGAGAGGCAGGAGGCACUGGGGGAAGAGAUGAGGUUGCUGCGCAGGGAAAAAGCCCAGCUGCAGGAUCACCUGACGCAGGCGAGCAGCCAGCAGCACACUCUGAGUGAGCAGCUGGCACACAGACACCAAGAGCUGGAGAUUCAGGCCGACGCCCUGCUCCGCACCGCCCAGGAGAAGGAGGAGCUCGCUAAGGAGAAGGCACAGCUGGCUGUGGAGUUCAAUGUACUGGAGAGGCAGAGGAAGGGCCUGCUGGAAGAGACAGACAUGCUCAGAGCUGAGAAGGACUCACUGGAGAUCAGCCUUUUUGAGAUGCAGGAGCUAGCAGCACAGCUGGAAGUCAAGAAGGAACAGCUGGAAGGGGAGAAUCAGAGCCUUGACCAGACAAGGCAGGUGCUCCAAGUGGAGGUGGAGAAGGCCCAGCAGGAGCUGGAGCUGCAGGACACCACCCGGAGGCGGGAUAUAGAGUCACUGAAGCAGCAGCUGGCGCAGAUGGAACAAGAGACUCAGCUGUCUCUGAAGAACCAGAAGAAGGCCCAUGAGGAGGACCUGGCAUGGCUGAAACAGGAGAAGGAGAGUCUGUAUCUGGCACUGAGGGAGGAGAAGGACGAGGCUGUGCACCGGCUGCACCAGGAGAAGGAGGAGCUGCUGUCCAAAUGUGAGGCUGAGAAAGAGGAGCUGGCUGAGGAAGUACUGAGUUUGCAGCAGGAGCGGGAUGAAAGCCUCCUCCUGUUGGAGAAUGACAAGCAGAAGGCACUGUCCCUGAAGGAAACGGAGAAGAGUCUGCUGUCAGAGAAGCUCAGCGAGGCCCAGCGGGAGCUAAUGAAUGCCAGAAUGGAGAUAGACCGAGUGAAGCUGGAGGCUCUGAACCGCCAGGAGCAGGAUAAGAACACAGUCACCAGUAUCACUGGAGAGCUGCACACCUUCCAGGCUCAGUUUGAAGACGCAGUGGCUGCCCAUCAGAGAGAGGCCAAGAGCUUGAACGAGCACAUAAAGGAGCUGGCAAGAGAGAGGGACUCUGCGGGGAGGGAGGCAGAACAGUUAAGGACGCAGCUGCGGCUUGCAGAGGAUGCCCGCGAUGGGGCGCACAAGGACCUGAUCGAGUUGCACCGCAGGUUGCGGGAGGCUGAGGAGGCCCGAGAGCUCCAGCGCAAGGAGAUGUUGGAAACCCGCAGGGCUUUGGGGGACGAGACCAGGGAGAAGGAAAUAAUGCAGAAAUCCAAUACUGAGCUGCGAGCUGCCAUCAAGAAGAUGGAGAGCAAAAGGACCAGCUUGAAGAGAGGCCUAGAGGAGAAGGAGCAGAAAAUCACCAUGCUGGAGGAAGCCAAGGCUGCAGCUCAGAAGGAGGCAGGAGAGCUGAGGGCAAACCUACGGGAGGUGGAGAAGUCUCAGAUGGAGGCCCGCCGGGAGCUGCAGGAGCUGCACAGACAGGUGAAGACGCUGGGGGACGAGAACAGCAAAAAGGGCAAAGAGGUGAACGAGUUGCAGGCCCGUCUCCUGCAGCAGGAGCAGCGCGAGCAGCAGUGCCGCAGGCAGUCCCUGGAGCUGAAGCAGAGGAUCGCGGAGAUGGAGGGUGGCCAGGAAUGUGUUCGCAAAGAGGUACUGAGCUUGCAGCGGAAGCUGUUGGAGGUGGAGUGGGAAGCCAGAGCCAGAGAGAAGGGGCUGGCCGACAGCCUGGGCGAGAGUCACAGCAAGGAGAAGAAACUCCGGGAUGAGCUCCAUAACAUGGAGCUGAAGCUGCAACAGGCCGGCAGGGUCAGCGAAGGCCUCCAGCUGCGCCUCAGCACCACUGAGGGGCGCCUCCAAGGCCUAGAGACAGAGCUGGCCAAGGCGGAGGCUGCCAAGAGGGAGGUGGAGUUGAAGCUCGGGGUGCUGCACUCCGCCCUGCGCCGGACACUAGGGCUGGGUGGGCGGAGCCCCUCGCCGCAGAGACCCUGCUCACCUAGCAAAGGAACUGACGGGCGACGGACUCCGGCCUCUCGCACUGGCUCUCCAGAGAGGAGCUGUUCCCGUUCCCCCUUUGGUUGGGCUUCCCCUUUCCAAGGGGAGCACAGUGCCAGUGAGCCUGACCCAGACAGAGUCCAAGAUGCUUUGAGAGACUUCCUGCAGGAGCUGCGAGACACUCAGAGAGAGAGGGAUGAUUUAAGGACACAGGUGAUGAACUUGAACCGUCAGCUGAAUGAAAUGGCGAGCGACCGGGACCAGACCAGCAAUCGCGUCCUGCAGCUGCAGAAGUUGCUGGCAGACUCUGAGGAAGGCAAGCGAGGCAUGGACGGGCACCUGAGCAGUGCGCAGAUGGCCCUGGCACUGCAGGAAGAGACCAUUCGGAGAGUGGAGAGGGAGCGCCAUGCAUUGGCAGAGCAGAUUGCUACCCUGGAGUGCAGCAUACAUGCCAGGGAGGAGAAGAACAGGGAGCUGCAGGAGAAGGUCACUAGGCUGAAAGCCAAGGAUACCAAGCUGGAGACAGACAAGCGGAGGCUGAAGGAAGUCCUGGAGGCAGCUGAGAGUAGGGCCACCAAGCUGGAGCUGAGCCGUCGCUCCGUGGAAGGGGAGCUUCAGCGUGUCCAGCUCAGCCUGGUGGACCGAGAUACCGAGAUCCAGGCCCUGCAGGAGCAGGUCCAGUCCCUGCGCUGCCAGUUGGGGGACAGCGAGAGCAAAUCAGCCAAGCUGCAGCAGGAGCUGGGCCGCCUGGGUCACUCACUGGCCCAGACAGAGGACAAGGAGAGCCACCUGAAGGACAAGGUGCAGAGCCUUUCCCAGGCACUGACUGAUGCCUCCACGGGGUCCUCCACCCUUCAGGAGAACGUCUUCCAGCUGCAGAAGGCUCUGACAGCAGCGGAACAAGACCGCCGGGUGCUCCAGGAGCGCUUGGACUCCGUGCGGCAGGCGCUGUCAGACAGCAAGAGGCAGAACCACAGCCUGACGGACACCAUGCGCAUGCUGCAGGACCAGCUGGGAGAGCUGGAGUUGAGGUGCAGGGAACUGGAAGCUCAGGUCAAGCACCUACAGGAGAUAGUCUGUCGUCAGCAGCAGAGUGAGCAGGAGGCUGCAGCAUUGCUGCAGAACGUGCAGGAUGAGAACAGCAUUCUCCAGGAGAGACUGAUGACACUGCAGCGAGCUGUAGCCCACCUAGAAGGGGAGAACAAGGAACUGGAGCGAUCGGCCUUUGAGCUGAAGCAGGACAAUUCUGCCCUGAAGAAGACCCUCAGCAAGGCAGAAUGGGAGACACUCAGGAAAGAAGACAAUGCCAUGCGUUUCAGUGCAGAGAAGAAGCAGCUGGACCUGUCACUGAGCAGUCUGCACCAGGAGGUGGAGGACACCCUGAGACAGAAUCAGCCACUGCAGGCCCAGAUCACAGAGAUGGAGCGGGCACAUACCCAGCGCCUGAUGGAGCUGGAGACAGAGAGGCUGCGCAGCACCCAGCUUCAGGCUGAAUGGUCCCUGGAGUCCCGGAAGAGAGCCCACAAGCAGCGUGUCAAGGACUUAGAGGAUCAGGUGAACUCGCUGAAAGAGCAGUUGGGCCAGGAGGUGCGGAAGAGACAGUCCUACCUCACUCAAGUGCUCCGGACAGGGAAAUGAUCCCGAAAUAGCCCCUGUGCUCCAGCCUGGUAAGAUCUAGUCAAAGACAACCCUCAGGACCAGCUUUCAACAGUGACUCUGCAGCCUGCAAGCCGGACUCUAACAUCUCCUCCUGCGCCAGGACGCUUGACUGACUCAUGGCCAGCACUGCUGUGGGGAGAGGUUUCUGGGAGGAGCCUGCACUACACCAGUGGCUGGAGCAACGGGGACUGUAGGCCUUACGCAGCCGAAUCCCAGGCCACUGAUGAUUAAUUUAUUUAGGCCAUUUGGCAAUGAGGGACUUCUCUGUGAUUAGUGCUACCCAUACUAAUGGGUCCUGACUUCCUAUGUUAUCUCACCCCAUUAUUUAAAUAGCUCUGCUCUCCCAGCAAUCGGAGCCACUCUUCUCUCCCUCAGGAGCGGUGCCAUUUGGGCCUCAUCCAGUACUGUCAGGGCCUCCUGUCUAGCUGGUGGAGUGACAGACCCUCCCAAUCUCAGCAGCAUCUUCUCAAUAUGCUAGACAGAGUCUGUCGCCAUCAGACAGAUCUGUGCAGCUUGAGGAACCGGCCCUUGACUGCACAGAACCUGCAGGGGACUGCAUCCACCGGCAUUAACCAAAAAUCUAGUGUACGCUAAUGAAACGCAGUGAGAGAGGGCAUCGCCACCAUGCCUGGAGACUGGUCAAGCCCUUCAUCCUUUCAGGAAAUGCAGGCCUUUUUUAAUGGUGGCAGGUGGCUGGGAUUAGCUCAAAGCCAAGUCAUUUUAUGACUCACUGGCCCUGAGAGGCGUCAAAGUGUAAAAUUCAACGUUCCACCCACUCUGCCAGCCACAGGCUCCAAGCAAAUCCCUGAAGGAAUCAAAAUGUGGUUUCCAUGGCAACGGAGGCAAUCAUUUUGGGACCGCUUUGGCCUUCACCUGUUAGCAUUUUACACGUUUUCUCAUGACUGGCCGGGAGUGGGGGGGCGGCAUAAUUUGUCCCAACGUUGUGGUUUGUUUAAGCACUGAUUUUAAAUGCUGAGAAUAGAAGGUGUUUGCUAAGGAAAUCAACAGUGGCAUUUUCAAGGCUUUGGAUGGAUCUUCGUGCAUUUCAUCUUUUAACAAUAUAUGAUAAGCGACAUCUGAUUCUGUUCCUUCCCAUGAUACAGGUAAAUCUUCCCCAUCCCACCCCACCCCAUGCAACAUACAGGUAUGUAGAGCAAUUCUGCUCUCACACCGGCCUAACUCCAGUGACUUCUGUGGUGUCCCUCUGGCCUUACACCGGUGUCAGUGAAAGUGAGACCAGACCUACACAGGGACCCAGUGCUGUCAGCUGCUGAGCACCCUUGAGGGUGACCCCACAGCAAGCAGGAAGUGCUCAGGUCCUCAUAGGACUGGGUCCUCAGACACACUGGGCCAGAACCUCAGCCGGUGUAAAUUAAUGUGGCAUCAUUGAUUUCACUGGAGUGAGAUUGGUUCAUGCUAUUCAAGGAGUUGGCCCAUUGUCUUCAAUGGAGCUACGCUGAUUUACACCAGCUGGGGAUCUCGCCCAUUGAUUUCCAUGGGUCUAUGCUGAUUUAUGCCAGUGGGGGGAGGUGGUCUGUUGAUCUCCACAGAGCUAAGCUGAUUUACACCCAGGUGGGGAUCUGGCCAAUUGACUUCAAUGGAGCUACACCGAUUUACACCAGCCAAGGCUCUGGCCCACUGGGGCUGAUUCUCUUCUCACCCUGUUGUAAAUCAGGAGUAGCUCCCUGCAGCCAAUGCAGUGCCCCUGGGGUGAGUGAGCGGAUAUCUCACUCUGUAGCUAGCGUUUCUGCCCCCUCUCCAAUGGGUUGUUUACGUGGAGUUGGAUGUGGCGGCAGGAAAGACCAUGCAGAAACAAACCACCAUCUCCAUCAGGAGGGUGGGAAUCAUCACGCCUACAUUCCAGUGCCAGUGCAUUUCAGGACUGGACCCUCUGGAUUGGGAAGAGUGUGUGGGCGUGGAUCUGGGCAGCCCAGAGAAUACCCUCACAUUGAUGGCACAGCUGGGUCUCACUGAGGGAAAUGUGCCAUGUUGGUUUUCACAUAAUCCCUUUGCUGUUGAUUCUAACUGAGUCCUGCUGUUGUUUUCGGCUCCAUUUCAGUCCUUACAUAACAUGUUCCUUGGCCUGUGUUCAGUAUUAAAAUGUACCUUGCAAUCAUUGCAGUGGGGAAUAUUUAUAUUGCAUUUCUAUGAAUAAAAACAUACAUUAUUUUGAA